AUGUCUGUCGUGGGUUCAGCAUUGCUCGACAGAGUCCUCAAGCUCAAGGUCAACCAGCACAUCAUUCACUAUGUGGUGACCUACCUAUGCACGCUCGUCAAAAUUCCGCCAGUCAAGCUUCCUCAACACGGCAUGCAAAACACGAGCUCUCUUGGGAUAAACGACGAGUUUGAUGACUUUCUUCCCGACCUGGAUGACUUUAUUCAAAAUAUCUCCACGCGGUCCCGGUGCACCAUGUCGACCAUUCUCGUCACACUCAUUUACCUCCGUCGUCUCACUACCAUACUCGAAUUCUCCUCCACACCGUAUGCACGCUCAGCUUCGUCCCGUCAUUGUGUGGUCUUUUCGGCAAUCAUGAUCGCACACAAGAUUUGGAACGACUCUACCAUGAUUGGAAAACACUGGGCUGAAGUGUCAGACUUGUUUGAUCCAGUACAAGUGGCGAACAUGGAGCGAGAGUUUUUGGCACUCCUCCGCUUUGAGCUCCAAGUGUCCAAUCAGGAAAUCUGGGAAUUUGCGCGUCCAUUCAUGUGUGCGCCGUAUCUUCGUAUCACACCGAGAGAGCAAGCGUGGCUCGAUGCUCAAGACGCAGCCAAUCGUCCCCUCUCAUUCCAAGUACCGCCCCCAGCAAAGACAAGUCCCGUUACGCAAUCCAUACAGUACAAACCUUCCUUCUCACCUUCUCUGGUCGACGCAAUCCCUCUGCACGACUUGGAGCGAGACGAGGUGAAGCCGGGUGUACGCGACCGAAGCGUGCCAUCCAUACUCUCGUAUCGAUCCUAUAACCCCUCUUUCGGCUACAUCUUUAUCUUCGUUCGAAUCCGAGUCGGUCAGCCCACCGAGCACACGAGCUCGCUCGCAAAGAGGUCCAAGAGUGGUCCGCACGUCUUGUCACCUUCUGCGCGUCUGAAGAAGAAGCGACAGAUUGACGUACAGACGGCGUACCUUGCCCCGCUUUCGAUCCGGUCGCAUCCUUCUCGCUCAGAGUUUCACAACGGUGCUUCGAAUGGCAUGUUGCUGCCUAGCUCGAUUUCCGUCUCGACGUCGAAUUCGGGCACAACGUGGUUGUUCAACGGACCGUUUACGGUUUAUUCUUGA